AUGACGCAAAGUUCGACAGACGCGGAUGUACAGCUCACCAUCGACAAAGGCAUCGAAGAGUUGGGCCCUGAAUUAAGAGAGCUCAGUAUCAAGAUUCACGACAAUCCAGAACUCGGCUACUGCGAGCACAAAGCCCACGACAACGUGGCCGCUUUCCUCACCAGUCAAGGCUUUAAUGUCACCAAACAUGCCCACGGGCUGGAGACUUCUUUGUCAGCCGAGUAUGGCUCUGGCGGGCGCGUGGUCAACUUCAACUGCGAGUAUGACGCCCUACCCGGGAUCGGCCAUGCCUGCGGCCAUAAUCUCAUCGCCAUGGGCUCAGUCGCCGGAUUCAUAGGGACUGUCGCGGCUUUGAAAAAGUACCAAAUUCCUGGUCGCGUUCGUCUCCUCGGUACUCCGGCAGAAGAGGGUCUUGGCGGGAAGAUCAAACUUCUCAAUGCCGGUGCGUACAAGGACGUUGAUGCGAGCUUGAUGGCGCAUCCUAUGUCCGCCUCGGUUAUGAGUACACCAACGGGGUUCUCUAAAGGCAUCCCCUUUGGUACUUGUGUUGCCAGUAUCAAAGUCAAGGCGACGUUUACUGGUAAGCCAGCUCACGGCGCUUUGUUGCCCCACGAGGGCAUAAACGCACUCGAUGCUGCUGUGAUGGCCUACAACGGGAUUGGCUUGCUUCGACAGCAGAUCAAGCCUUAUGAGAGAAUAGGUAUCGUCAUUCUUGAAGGGGGAGAGGCGCCGAAUGUCAUCACGCCACAGAGUGUGUUGAACUAUAAUCUGAGGAGUAAAACGAUAAAGGAAGCGCGUGAGUUGAAUGAGCGGGCCAAGCGCUGUUUUGAGGGCGCUGCUAUCUCUACCGGGUGCAAGGUCAACUUUGAACUGACCAACGAAUAUUCCGAUCUGAGACCCAGCCGUGCUCUUUCUGCUGUGUACCUGGCAGCGAUGGAAAAGCUCGACAUCCCGCAGUAUGAUAACCUGAACGAGGUAGCACCAUGGCUUGGAUCCUACUCUACAGAUAUGGGAAAUGUCACCCAAGCCUGUCCUGGAAUACAUCCAUGUUACUGGAUACCGACCGAUGAGCGUGUUGUAAACCACACGCCUGAAUUCACAGCUGCUGCGAGGACAGAGGAAUCUCAUCAGUUAACCUUUGCUACAAGUAAGGCAAUGGCGGCUACAGCUUUCAAAGUUCUGAGUGAUGAUGCUUUUGCUAAGGAGGUACGAAAUGAGUUUGAGAAUACGAUGCGCUAA